UCAGGGGGCUUCGUAGUUCCACGCGCAGUUUUCACAGCUCGUCUGCGUAAUCCUAAACCCUCUCAUGCCUGUCUUCGGCAUCAGUGUGGUAGUAGCAAUGGUCGGCGGGCUAUGGCAAUCGUUUCGCACAUGAAUUGGCACUGAUUUGGAAGCACAGAUUUCUUUUCGGUAGCGCUGGCUUGUUGCCGACAUCCAGCUUCGCAGAUAUGACGGAGGGCGGUUCCGGGAGCAGCGCGGCGUGCAAGGGUGAGUACGUUGCGGGUGGGAGAAGAAUGGCUCAGAGGCGGCCUCUAUUAGACGGGGGUGCAGUGGUGUCGGAUGUGCGGAGGCGAUUAGUGGAGGCGCAAAAUUGGCUCGGGGUUGCUGUGGCAGAAGGAGCUAACAGGAUUUCGCGGUUCGGACUGUCGAUUGAAGAUGGGAGAGGAAUGAUGGUUCAGAAGAUGGAGAGGAUUGGAAAUAGAAGGAGUGAUCCGCGUUCAAAGAUUAGGAGUGGGCAGUUACCGUGGGAGAAGGUGUGGACGGCGAUGUCAGGGUUUGGAGCUCAAUUUGAAGCUCAACUCCAACGAUCUAAGGCUGGAAUUCCGGAGGCAAUGCUGCGGAUGAUUUGGAACCGUGGAGCUCCUCGGCCUCUCAUUGCUUCAUUGUCGCUUGGAUUACCUGCACAAGGUGGUGAAGCAUUGGAAGCGAAGCACGUGUUUGACAUUGCAAUGAGCGGUGAACAAGUGGCUAAGAGGUUAGACGGGGUUCCAGUUUACACUGUGAGCAAUUCUGCUAAUGAAUUUGUGCUUAUUUCGGACCUCAACACAUCGAAGUCUCUAGGAAUCUUCUGCUUUCGAGAAGCUGACGCCGAAGCACUUCUUUCACAGGUCCGGGAUCGUGAGCCAUCUCUAGGUCGUGGAGCCAAAGUUGUGGCAGUGUCACUUGACAAGGUCUACCAGCUUAGCACAGAGGGCAUAGCAUUUCGUUUCCUACCUGAUCCUCGCCAAGUCAAGAAUGCACUAGAGGCAAGAUCAAGGGCUGGAGAACCAGGCAAGGCUUUUGAUGGAGUACCAGUUUUUCAGUCUGAUAAUCUCAUUUUAAGAAGCAAUAACCGACGAUUUUGUCCCAUCUUCUUCUCCAAGGAGGAUUUGGAAACCGCUCUACAGAGAGCUUUCAAACAACAACAGAAGAUUAAUCCAGCAUUGAAGGUCAGCACAGAUAUACAGCAGGUGGGUAGCUUCGAAGAUGUUCUAAAGAGAAUGGAGGGCAACGAAGAGGAUUCAGGCUGGGGUGACAUUGUUUUCAUACCACCAGGAAUGGACGCUUAUAAACAUUUAAGCAAAUCUCAAGGCACUGUUGUCGGAUAGCUUUAGAUUGUGUAUGUUCAACAAUUCUGACACUUCAAAUGUUCAAAUUUGUUGUUCAAAAUUGUUCGAGAUUGCUCAAGGACAAGUCUGUGCACAACUUUUGUGCCUUUUUUGGAUGAACGAUAUGCGGGCAUUAAGAUGCCUUCCAUUACACGAUGUCUGCAUGAUGUCUCAGUACUGGUAUGUUGACGUUCGUUGCAACGUGGGACCAUCAGUUUCGAGAACAUUUGAAUAUUUACAAUUUUGAAUUACACAUUCAUGGUUGGGGCUGCUUGUUAUCCAA